AUGGUUAUUCCUCCAGCUACACGCCUUCGGCAGUUGAUUGCCGAGAAGGGCAUAGUUGUUGCGCCCGGGGUUUUUGAUGGGUUUAGUGCCAGAAUAGCGCUCGAUGUUGGAUUUGAUUGCAUCUAUAUGACAGGCGCCGGUACAUGUGCCUCAAAACUCGGCCAGCCCGAUCUGGGCUUCGCAACUCUGAAUGACAUGCGUGAACAUGCUGAGAUGAUCGCAAAUCUCGAUAUAAGAACCCCUCUAAUCGCCGAUGCGGAUACAGGAUAUGGCGGGCCAAACAUGAUUGCUCGAACUGUUGCGCAGUACCAUCGCAGCAAUGUAGCAGGCUUGCACAUCGAAGACCAGAUACAAACGAAAAGGUGCGGACAUCUCGGUGGCAAGCAAGUCGUUCCGAUUGAAGUCUUUGCGACUCGUAUCACAGCAGCUGUGCUGGAGCGCAAGAGACUAGGCUCGGAUAUUGUCAUCAUCGCACGAACGGAUGCCCUUCAAACCCAUGAUUUUGACGAAGCAAUACGACGAUUGAAAGCAGCAAUCAAAGCAGGCGCUGACGUCGCAUUUCUGGAGGGUGUUACAACAGAAGACGAAGCGAGAGAAGCAUGUCGUCUCCUUGCACCUACUCCGGUCUUGCUGAAUAUGGUCGAACACGGGGCCACGCCCUCGUGGACGCCAGAGAAGGCGAAAGAGUUGGGGUUUAAGAUUAUUAUUUUCCCGUUUGCUGCUAUAGCUCCAGCGUAUGAAGGCAUUCGCAAAGGUCUACAACAGAUCAAGGAUACUGGUACGACUGGCAUUAGCGUUGAUUUUACGCCUAAGAAGUUGUUCACGCUCGUUGGGCUGAAGGAGGCGACUGAAAUUGAUGUGGCUGCUGGCGGAAAUCUCUAUGAUGGUGUAUGA